AUGGCCUGCGUAUCGAGGUUAAGCUUCACUGCAAUUGCUUCCAUUUUUAUCGUAUGUUCUCUGGAUCUAAUUUCAGGGCAUAUUAGCUAUUCUAUUCCUGAGGAAAUGAAAGAAGGGUCAUUUGUUGGGAAUAUCGCUGAAGAUUUGGGAUUGAAUACUCUGCAAUUGUCAGCUCGUAAAUUUCGACUGAGCUCUGAUGACGGAGGGCGGUACAUGAAGGUUAGUUUUGAUAAUGGGGUUUUGUCUAUUCGUGAAACAAUCGACCGGGAACGUAUUUGUGGGCAAACGGAUAAAUGCACUAUCCCAUUCGAAAUAAUGCUAGAAGAUCCGUUGGAGGUGUUUCACGGGGAAUUGGUGAUUCUUGAUGUGAAUGACAACUCACCCACCUUCCGGGAGAGCCGCAUUGACUUGCAGAUAUCCGAAGCCAUUCCACCUGGAGUACGAUUCCCUCUCGAGAACGCCGAAGACCCCGACAUUGGAAUAAAUAAUGUUGUCGACUACGCAAUCAGUUCGAGUGAGUACUUUAGUCUAAAAUCACGGAGAACCGAUGAGGGCAUUGUAAUUGCCGAGUUGCUGUUAGAGAAAUAUUUAGAUCGAGAACUACUGUCAUCUUUUCAGCUGGUGCUUACGGCUACGGAUGGCGGAAUCCCUCAGAGAUCAGGAACGGCCCGGAUUUUCAUUAACGUAGUCGAUAUCAAUGAUAAUCCACCUGUAUUCGAGAAAGAUGUUUACAAAGUUAGUAUAAGUGAAAAAGCACCUAAAAGCAGUUUGGUGAUGAAAGUUAAAGCAAAUGAUUUGGACGAAGGGCUGAAUGCUGAUUUGACAUAUUCUUUUAGUGGACUUACUUCACAAAGAGUGCAUGGUGUGUUCAUUUUGGUCCCAGAAACUGGAGAGAUUGAAGUUGAAGGGCCUUUAGAUUUUGAAGGAACAAACAGUUAUUCACUCGAUAUUCAGGCUGUUGACCACGGGUCUCCUCCGAUUACAGGAUACACCAAAGUGUUGAUUAAAGUUAUUGACGUUAAUGAUAACGCACCCGAGAUAAAAGUGACGUCAAUCACGAAUCAAAUUCCGGAAAAUGCUCCACCUGGAUCUUUCGUAACAUUAAUCAAUGUUAUUGAUCGUGACUCUGGACAGAAUGGACAAGUUAGCUGCAAGAUACCAAAGGACGUCCCUUUUAGGCUGCAAACGUCAUCAACUAAUUAUAAGUUAAUUACAAGUGAAAGGUUGGACCGUGAAACGGAGUCCGAGUAUUCAAUACACGUUUCAGCCUGGGAUUCUGGGUCACCUUUCCUGUCAACAAAUAAAACCAUCUAUAUUACAGUUACUGAUAUAAAUGAUAACGUCCCACGCUUUGCUGAACAUUCUUAUAACGUAUAUGUGGCCGAAAAUAAUGCUCCUGGCGCUUCUAUUUUCACAGUGACAGCAUCCGAUCCUGAUCUGGAGCAGAAUUCUUAUGUAUCGUACUCCAUUCUGGACAAUCAUCUCCAAAACUUCCAAGUGUCAACAUACCUCAGGAUUAACUCCAUGAACGGCACCAUUUACGCCCUGCGCUCUUUUGACUAUGAGGAACUGAAACGUUUUCAGAUCCAUGUGCAAGCCCGUGACGCUGGAGUGCCCCCACUGAGCAGCAGCGCUACUGUGAAUGUCAUCAUCCUGGAUCAAAAUGACAAUGCGCCAGUGAUUGUUUCACCUUCAGAACAGAGUGGAUCAGCAGCCGUGGAAAUCCUUCCCCAAUCAGCAGGUCAGGGGUACUUGGUCACCAAGAUAAUAUCCACAGAUGUAGAUUCUGGUCAGAACGCGCGGCUGGGUUACCGCAUGGUAAAAUCUACUGAUCCCAGUUUAUUUAUCAUUGGUCAAACAUCUGGUGAAAUCAGAACACAACGCAAGAUCGUGGAGGCUGAUCUCACCACACAAACUUUAGUCAUCUUGGUGAAAGACAAUGGACAGCCAAGCCUAUCUAGUACGGUUACUCUUCACAUUACAAUUUUUCAGAAUACCAGUGAAACUCUCACUAAAAACAGUAAUAUAGUGAAGAACCCCGAAUACUUAUCUGAGAUAAAUCUUUAUUUAUUGGUUAUUUUCAGUUGCACAUCUAUUGUCUUUCUUCUGAUUAUCAUUGUGUUGAUCGGGAUCAAGUGUAAACAGGACAGAAAUAAAUCCCAAGAGUGUACUUCCCCCAGUUAUUACUACAAACGUGGAGAUAUGCAAGACACAUUUAAUAGAAGAUCUGCAAUGGAGGAAACUUUACGCUAUCCCGGUACUGAUCAGGUCGUCUGCAUGCCAGGACUGCCACAAUACUCGGUCUGUCUCUCUCCAGAAUCAGCUAAAAGCGAUUUCCUUUUCUUGAAGCCUUGCCCCCCUGCCAGCUCUCAGGCUCAAUCCUAAAUUACAGUGAUGCGUAACAUUAACGUUUACCGAGCUUAUAUAUGUUUCUUUCUGUUUAUAUUCUGGUAUAUGGUUUCUUAGUGUAAAGCACCUGUAUUUCAGAAAGUAUUUCCUUUUUUGCAAUUAUUUGGCUUUCUGUUGAAGAGAAGUAUAGUUGUUAAUGAUAGACAAAAAUGAAAUGUUCAGUGCCAGAAUCUAACCAUCUGGGAGUGGCAUCUUAUUAACUGUCAUGGAACCUUUACAAAUAGGUAGUUAUGGAAUAUGCUUUGUAAAUAAGGAUCAUCGUUUCGGGAUUCGGAUGUAUACUUGCUGUGCUGUUAAAUGAGAAUUGAGAUAAAGAAUACU